CCCACGCCUUAGGGGUGGAAGCAAAUGUAAACAGUCUCUCCAGCGGCUUGUUGUUCACGUACGGUACGUUGAGGUAUUCCUGCCGGAGAGUACAAAUAGCAGUUUAUACUUUAUCUGAGCCGCCGCACUAAGCCGUCCACCCUCCCAAGUUCGAUCCAACGGAAAUUAAGACCGUCAAGCACAAUGGUAACCUGACCCUGGACCAGAUGGUGGAGAUUGCAUGCACCAUGCAUUCCCAAUCACAAGCACAUGCAUUGUCAGGCACCCUUAAAGUCCUUGGCACUGCCCAGGCUGCAGCAAUGGUGGAAACUCUGCCUGAAGGACUCCUCCCUUCGGCAGUGUUUGGUCCUCCCAGCAGCAGCAGCCAGGAGAAGAUGGUCACUGAAGUGUCGAGUCCCCAAGUUGGCAUGUUGCUGGGUGUUGUGCUGGGCUCCCUGUUAGUUCUUGGCCUUGCUGUUCAGAUGUUUGUCGGGUUCCUGAAGAUGCGUUGGCAUGUUAUCCUCCACACUCACUUCCUCAAUCCAGUGCACCACAAGACAGCAGGCAUCAAGGACAGGAGCAACUACAGCAUUGAGCAUUAUAUUCCUCUUGCAGGAUUAUGACUACAGCAAUGCCCAGAAUAAAGUAUUAAUUGACCAUGA